AUGUCCAACGCUCCAAGUUCUAGCGAUGAUGUUUCCUCUGCCUCUGAAGCAUCUCAGGAGACCGAAAUGACUACUCAGCCUACUUCUGCCGCUCCUUCACAAACACCGCUUGAGGAUCCUUCCAAUCCAUACUAUUUGCACCAUGCCGACAACCCUGGAAAUAUACUGGUGUCUCAAUUACUCACAGUAAUUUCAUGGAUUCUUAAUUCUGUCUCCAAAGAAAUUUCUGCUAGCAUCCUCUAUGAUGAGUUGGCUGCCGAAAUUUGGCGUGAUCUCCGGGUUCGUUUUCAACGCAGUAAUGGGCCUCAUAUUUUCAAUCUUCGCAAAGAAUUGAUGAACCUCAAGCAAGAUGUUCAAUCGGUCAGUAUUUAUUAUACUAGACUGAAAACCAUUUGGGAAGAAUUAACAACCUACAGACCUUCAUGCACCUGCAACAAUUGUUCUUGCGGAGGUGUCAAGAAACUCCAAGAACAUCAUCAUAUGGAAUACAUUAUGUCAUUCCUCAUGGGCCUUACAGAUUCCUAUUCACAGGUCCGAAGUAACAUACUCCUUAUGGACCCUCUCCCAGAUUUGAGUCGUGUUUUUCACUUGGUGUCCCAGGAAGAAAAUCAACGUGGUACUGCUCCACCAAAUGCUUCAGUCCUGUCCCCUUCCAUGGCUUUUGCUUUCACUGGUAACAAAUCUUCUAAUCAGAGAUUUGAUUCUCAUGCUUCAAGAUCAUUUCCCCCAUGCAAAAAUCGUCCCUUUUGCACCCACUGUAAUGUUCUUGGUCACACCAUUGAGAAGUGCUACAAACUUCAUGGUUAUCCCCCUGGAUAUAACAAGCCCAAACAGCAAAAAGAAGCUUCAGCGAAUCAAUUUCAGACCUCUGAGGACACUCCUUCUUCUAUCCAAGAACACAACACCUUUCUCCCUCAACUCAAUCCAACUCAAUAUCAACAAUUACUUAAUCUCCUUGCUGCUAAUUCUCCUGGUAUGACAUCUUUGGACCCUUCUUCUUCUUCCAGCAAUUCAGGACCCAAUCACCAAGAGGAUGAUUGGAAUCGGCAAGCAUAG